GGGCCUUUAAAAGCAGCAUGUGUCAUAUCGACUUGGUUCUCCAAAUAUCACUCCUGUAGGAAAUAUACGCACCGAGAAGGAACAUCGGAGCGCAAAACAUCUCCAAACAACUUCGAGGCAAGACUUUACACAGGCUUGCUCACUUACCGAGUGGAGAAAUAUUUGAAGAAGUUUAACAUUCUUUGGCUUGACUGGCUUGCUGCCGGUUCAACCAGCGUUUAGAUUAUUUUGGAGACACCAGAACUAUUGACAGGGCGAGCAGAAGUCCAGCAGACCCGCCGUGUGUGCGCACUGACCGCGCUGCUCUCUCCUACAGCUUCACACCCGGCUGCUCGGCUGUUUUGGCUCCGCUUGACUUUAUUGUGAGGAAGCCGUGAGAUGACCCUGUCUGGAGGCAGCGAAAGAGCCAGCGACAUGUCCGGCCAAACUGUGCUCACAGCGGAGGACGUCGAUAUUGACGUGGUGGGCGAGGGAGACGAGGAGUGCAUGGAGAGGGGGGACAGCGACUGCGACAGCCGGGUGGGAGGCAUCCUGCACGACCUCCGAGGAGAAGCGGGCGACGAGGACAUGGAAGAUGAAAUUGAGGUGGAGAAGGAGGAGACGGGGUCCGGUGGAGGGAGUCCGUGCUGUGAGAGCUCCGGGGAGGGAGAGACUGGCACGAAGGGAGAGGGUCAAGACCAGAGCUCCACGGGAGGGAUCCAGAAGCCCAAAAACAGCCUGGUAAAGCCGCCUUAUUCUUACAUCGCCCUCAUCACCAUGUCCAUCCUGCAGAGCCCGCAGAAGAAGCUCACCCUCAGCGGGAUCUGCGAGUUCAUCAGCAGCCGCUUCCCCUAUUACCGGGAGAAGUUCCCGGCGUGGCAAAACUCCAUUCGCCACAACUUGUCACUCAACGACUGCUUCGUGAAAAUCCCCCGGGAGCCUGGCAACCCCGGCAAGGGCAACUACUGGACCCUGGACCCGGCUUCUGAGGACAUGUUCGACAACGGCAGCUUCCUUAGGAGGAGGAAAAGGUUCAAGAGAGUUCAGCCGGACAUGCUCAGGGACCAGACUGCGCUCAUGAUGCAAAGUUUCGGUGCGUACAGCCUCGGGGGCCCCUACGGGAGGCACUACGGGAUCCACCCGGCUUAUUCCCAUCCGGCGGCUUUGCAGUACCAGUACAUCCCGCCUGUGGGUCACAUGCUGCCCCCGGGCGUCCCUCUGCUGUCCUCGGCAGAGCUGAACAGAAAAGCGUUCAACUCCCAGCUCAGCCCGAGUCUGCAGCUCCAGCUCAACAGCCUGAGCACCGCGUCCAUGAUCAAAUCAGAGCCUUCGAACAGACCGUCUUUCAGUAUAGAGAACAUCAUCGGGGUGUCCAGUGCCUCCUCGGUGUCCCCGGCCUUCCUGCGGCCUCCAGUCACCGUGCAGUCGGCCCUACUGAGCGCCCAGUCCCUCUCUCUGUCCCGGACUUCAGCCGGGAUCGCUCCCAUGCUCAGCGUGCCGUCAAAUCUUAUUUCUGGACAUGUUUUACCCUCAGCAGCGGCGGUGUCCAAGUGGCCUUCACAAUGACUUUAAAGCAAGAUAAAUAAACUCUUAUUAUUUUUAUAUAGAGACACUAUUGCGGGGGGAGUGUGAUCUGCACAAAUCAAUAACACUGGACUCGGUAGCAAAGACUGUUGAAACAGAGACAAAAAGAAAAAGAAGAUUUUUCUGUACAGGUAAUAUUUGUAAAUAUUUGUAAAAAGAACGAUUGUACCUGUCUUUUUUGUUGCUGUUUGAGAUCUGUGAUAAUUAUUUUACAUGUUUUCUUUUUUGUAGCGUAUCGGAGCUCACAACUGGAUACAUUUUUGUUUCGUUUUCAUACAAGACACAAACAAGCUCUGAAAAUAGGCUGUUUAUAAUUAAAAAACAAAUAUAUGUAAUUCUAUGUAGCUAUAUUGUGUUGUAAACUGAAUUUAUUUGUAAAUAAAUCUAAGAAAGAAUUAAAAUCAUUUUUUCAUUAUUAACAAUCAUGGAUCAUUUGAUGGCAGAUUUAUUUAUAGAAAACAUCUAGAAAAUAUUGUUUUAAAACCCUCUCACGCUAGAAAUGCAUAAUAGAAUAAUAUGAAAUGAUAUUGGAAUUUUACAUGAAGGGUAGGUAUUUUAAAUAAUCUAAUCCUGUGAAUAUUGUGUGAUUACAUUUAUUAAUACAAUUCUU